AUAUGCAUUUAUACAAAUUCCUGCCAAAAUGCCGGUGACAGAAUGGAGCAUAGAUUUUUUAUUAAAUUGGUGUCUGCAAAAGUGAAAAGUCACCCUUGAAGAUUAAUCUCAUAUUUCGGCUUGUUCUUGGUCGUUGGCCAGUUCACACCCUCGUCAGAGUUCCUCUACUUCUCGAUAUACGCAGACUGUGGUUGACAACGUAGCCCACCGCCGAUCGACCGAUAAACAGUGGCUGUUUUGUAUUUCAGCGCUUAUUGAUUCAUCCACGUUAUCUUACGUUAUCUGUUGACGUGAUCUCACCGGAUUGGCGGAGAUAGCCUUCUUCGACUAAACGCUUCUUCGCGCGUUCGUUCUCUGCAUGCAAUCCUCAUCCUUUUGUUACGAUCUCAGCACUUGCGGUGUUUAACCAUGAUUCCAGCCCUCCGUCGGAUAUUGCACGUAUCGCCACGAUGGAUCUUCCUCGGUUCCUUCACAUUCUUCUUCCUACUGCGAAGUUUCUCAGACGGCCAUGCGGGACAUGAUCAUCAUGAUCAUGCUCAUCCGCCGCAGUAUAAUCACGACCACAAUGUCUACAAAGCCCCACCGGAACCCCCCGCACCCCAGCAUCUGCAUGAUGGCGAGAAGAACAUCCAUUUUCAGCCUCGCGACCCGCAUGAGCACGACCACCACGGGCAUCAUCAUCAUCACCACCACGGCCACGAUCACCACCAUCAUGAUCACGACCACGCGGAACCUGCCGCUUUCAAGUACUCUAAGCAGGCCAAUACACCCAAAGCACAGGCGAAAGUGCCCAGUCCUCCAACGGGGAAGGCCCAGCAACAUCAGCACGGGCAUGCGCAUUCACAUGAUCACGGACACGCGCACGGACAUGCACACCAGCAUGGUCAUGGACACGCUCGCUCCCAUAAUCAAGGCCAUGCCCACCACCAUCAUACUCAUCCCAAGCCCACUCCGAAGGCUCCAGUCAAAUCCACAACAACCUCUGGAAUCUGGUUGUAUGCUUUAGGCUCGACGUUGGCCAUCAGUUUGGCCCCGUUCUUAAUUUUGUUCGUUAUCCCCAUCGAUGCCAACAGUCCCCAGUAUGAGCCGCGUUUACGCGUCUUUUUGGCAUUUGCGUCCGGUGGACUGUUGGGUGAUGCGUUCCUGCAUUUGAUUCCUCACUCUGUACCACAUUCCCACGGACAUUCGCACGAUCACCAUGAUCACGAGCACGAAGAGGGGCAUGAUCACUGGACGUACACAAUUGUUGGAAUGUGGGUGUUGGCGGGAGUUAUCACGUUCCUAAUUGUCGAGAAGGUUAUUCGGCAUAUGAAAGGCGGCCACCAUCAUCACCACCACGGGCACAGCCACGCUCAUGAUCACAAAAAAGACGACCAUCAUCACUCGCACGAUCACAAGGACACAUCCACGAACACCGAAGCCGUUCCGGAGCGAAAAAGUUCGUCGGACGAAGCGGAAGUUGUCUCGAAAAACGAAGAUGACGCCGACUUCGAAGUAGUCAGCAAAAAACUCCGUCAGCGGAAGCAGCAGGAGGAACGAGCUGAGCACAUGAAGGAGAUCAAAACGUCUGAGAAGAAGAAAGAAGCGAUUAACCCGGAAGUGGCGCCCGCUGUUCAUAGCGAAGAGGUCUCAGCGGAUAUUAAAGUGGGUGGAUAUCUUAACCUAGCGGCUGAUUUCGCACAUAAUUUCACCGAUGGAUUGGCCAUUGGAGCGUCUUAUAUGGCUGGAGAGAGCAUUGGGAUUGUUACGACAUUAACGAUAUUUUUCCACGAAAUCCCGCACGAAAUUGGUGAUUUUGCGUUGCUGAUCCAGUCCGGCUGCUCCAAACCCAAAGCCAUGGCGCUCCAGCUGGUAACGGCGCUGGGAGCUUUCGCUGGUUGUUUAGUCAGCCUGGCCUUUGGCGCGGCCGACGUAGAGGGGAAAAUCUCGUGGGUGUUGCCGUUUACCGCUGGUGGAUUUAUCUACAUCGCCACUGUGAGCGUCAUCCCCGAAUUGCUCCAAGAAUCCACGCUGUGGCAGAGUUUUAAAGAAGUGAUGGCUCUGUUUAUUGGCAUCGGGAUGAUGGUUGUUAUUGCUUAUAUCGAAGAAAGUCAGCAUCAGCACUGAUAGAUGGAGCUAAAUUGACUAAUUUAUGGUUUCAACAAAUAGACUUUAUGGCAAAAGUGGUUUUUUCUUGUUGUUUUUACAUUAUGAGUAUUCUUUUCAGUGCGAUAUUUGAGCCUGAAUUACUCUAUUCACUCUCAGGCAGAUGUUUACUAUUACAAACUGCGCUGUAUGGGUAUUGCGUGAGGUUUGACUCCCAGUUUCAAACGUUUGAAUCGUAUAAAGAGCUUGUUACUGUUCAAA